UCCUCUCUCUCUCUCUCCUCUCUUCCUCACUGGCUCCAGCCUUGUUCCAUCUCACCUCCCCCUGAACGCACACACCACUCCCGAUCAAACCGGAUACCGACUCGAGAUCACGCAACCACCCAUUACGCCAUGGCUCUAGCUACGGCCGUCACCAAGGAUGGCUUCUCUUACGCCGGAGACCUCUUCGUCGAGGCGAGCGGUCAAAAUCGCCAUCGCCGUGCGACCGUCGCCGAGCUUAAGAACCACUUCAAGACCGGCUCUGAGAAGGACCAUCCCGCUCACUGGUUCGAGGCCCAACUCAUCCAUUACGGCCUGCAGCCCUCCAAGGCUAAGGCUGUCGCUCGCAUGCGUCUCUUCGACGCCGUCAACGGCGGCAAGCUCUCUGUCCCCGCUCACAUCAAGAAGCUGGAGGCGGAGCUAAAGAAGACGUGGACGAAGAACGAGCGCGACGCGAAGAAGGCUACCCAGGCCCCACCCGCCGUGAAGGCCACGAAGGCCACGAAGCGCAAGGCCGAGACUUCGGGUGUCGAUUUCACUGUUGACGUCGCGGGACUCAACAUUGCCGUCACAGUAAAUCCUUCAACGCUGUCGUCGACCCAGCCCGCGGCGAAGAAGGCAAAGACGGCGAAAGAGUCGGGUCCAAAAGCUAAGAAAGCUGCAAAAGAGCCAGAGCCAAAAGCUAAGAAGGCUGCGAAAACUUCAGCUCCCAAAGCCAAAGCCAAUUCAUCCAGCACAUCUAAGCCAGCCACGGGCAAGAAGCCAUCUGCUACGCCUCCGGCUUCCGCCAAGUCGGCCCCUACUACUCCCACCGUCAAGAAACAGACGGCCCGCCGCGGUGGGAUUCACCAGGGACCCACCCGAGGUGGGGUGGCGUCGGCGUCGGCGUCGACAUCGGCCAAUCCUCAACCGCGGCCCAGUCGAGCCGCUCGCCGAAGCGUCGCUUUCUUUGCUAGAGGUCGAGUGCCCACCUUUGGCAACUAUGGCUCCUCGCCAAUUGACGACGACGACGACGACGACGACGACGACGAUGAUGAUGACGAUCCACCGCCCCCGUACACGGAAUACAAAGACGAACGUAGUGAUGACGACGAUAAUGAUGAGGAGCUGGAACUCAAGCCGCUAGGACUGCUGAACGGACGAUACGAGAUAAGCAGCGACGAGGUGACCUCGCAGUGGGGCCACACCGGUUUUAGUCUCGUCCUUACCCUAAGCGGCUCCGAACUGUGGGGUCAGUUCGAGCUCGGCAUCAUCAGCGGGAUCCUGCGCAUCGAUCAGCGGCCCUGGCAGUCGUCGCUAGACUGCCUCGACUUCACCUGGCGCGGCUGCGAGCUCGACGGCCCCAUAAAGUACGGAGACGAUAACCUGGGAUCGAUUCGAUUCCUCGGCGACGGCCGGAUUGAGGGCGAAUUUGACUUUAUGCGCCUCGAUUUUCGGGGCUGUAGAAUAAGUGGCCAGGGGACGCGCAGCGAGGUCGAUGCCGCGACCAUGCGGAACGAAUGGAAUGGCUACACGGAGUCGAGGUACGACCGGGAGAAUCGUAAUCGGUGGUGAUGGAUAUAUGAGGACAUUGGGAUAGGGGGGGGGCCUCCCUUCUGCAGUGGAGGUCUCUAACGAAGAAGAGGAGGAAAAGCGAGUGUGUAUGAGCUUGGCACUCUGCUCCCCUCGGAUUCUUGCGUGGCAGAUUUCGGGAUAGCCGAGCGAUCGGAUAGCUGCGGUCGGACCAUAUAGGUAUGUUUAGGAGAAACUACAUCUAGCCACCCGCGAAAUAAGAGAGUGUCUCAAGUUCGGGAGGAAUGUCAUUUUUCACUAUUUGGACUAGUGUGCAAUUCACAGCAAUCUGAAGCAACAGGCCAGCACGUGCUGUCCUGAGACAAUACAACAAAGCCUGAGGCCCCUCGACAUCCGCCUCUACGCGGUCCUCAU